AUGGCACCCCGGCGGGCAAAGAAACCGUUGGCCAGUCGAGGGCUGAUAUGUAUGACUGUACGUGAUGUGCCACGAGGCAAAGCAAGGAAGACGCGCGAGGAAAACUAUCGAAAGCUCGUCAACGGCGGCGUCCAGACUUGCUUUGCAGAUCGGCUAGGUAGCGAACCUCCUGAACUUGCCUCUAUUGGGGAUUUUUUUUUUGUGGUCGUAUUUCUCGUCUGUCAACAGAUUGUUCUUGUCGGUCUGUUAUCUCCUCCGGAUGAAAGAGAGGGGAUUUCGUAUCAUUUCCUUUUCCUCUCCCUCAAACGGUGGAACAAGUUGGAAUGGGAAACAAAUAAGAAAAUGGGUGUGCGUGGAAAAGAAAAAGAGGGUGGUACUAAUAACCAUGGGAAUGAGAUAUAUCCGAUCAAACGCGUAAUUCAUAAACUUGGAAUAUCCAUGGGGCGCCGGGGCCGGCUAUGUGUUGUUCCCGGACAGUUGGAUUGGGAGUUGCUGUUCCUUGGACACGCUGGAAAGUUUACAGAGGAUUUCCGCAAACAGACAGUUGCUGUCAAUAACAGCGCAAAAUCUGUUCAGAGAUGCGAUUGUGCCUGGUGA